AUGGCCGGGCUCAUCAACUCGUUCGUCUCUCAAUUCAAAAACCUUCCAGUCCCCGAGGACCUGCAGAUAGGAAGGACCAUCAUCGUCACUGGCGCCAACGUUGGCCUCGGCCUCGAGGCUGCGCGUCACUUCACCCGCCUGCACGCUGACCGCGUCAUUGUCGCUUGUCGCGAUACCGCAAAGGGGGAGGCCGCAGUCAAGACGAUACGCGCCUCCCACCCUGACAGUCCCACCCGUCUCGAUGUCUGGCAGAUCGACCUUGGCGUCUUUAACAAUGUCAAGGCCUUUGCCGCCCGUGUCGAGAAGGAGCUUGGCCGUGUUGACAUCUUACUGAGUAAUGCUAGUCUCGCAACAGCUGAGUACGCCGACACGGGCGAGGGAUGGGAGUCGACGCUGGCCAUCAAUGUCAUCGGGACGUUCCUCCUGUCGAUUCUUCUGCUCCCCAAGAUGAGGGCGACGGCCAAGCAGUACAAGACGAAGCCGCAUCUUACUGUCACUGCUAGUGCGGCAGGUCACCUGGCUUACUUCAACGAGCGUAAAGAGAAGGAGGUCUUCAAAGCUCUCAACGAGAACCGCAGUCUCCUAGACCGCUACAACGUCUCCAAGCUUCUGCAGAUCAUCGCCGUUAAACACCUCGCCGUUGCGACGCGCGCCUCGGCGCACAGCGCCGAUGAGGACAUCAUCAUCAACUCGGUCCACCCUGGCCUCUGCCAGACGGAGCUGUUCCGUUCCAUGCCCUUCCCCUUCAACUACCCCGUGAACAUUGGUCUACGCAUCGUCGGGCGUACGUCGGAGAUGGGCUCGCGCUGCCUGCUGGCUGGAGCGCUCGCCGAUGAGGAGUCACACGGGCGGUACAUGGAGAACUGCCUCGUUGCGGACUAUGCCCCCAUCUUGAACGGCGAUGAUGGCGAGGUGAUGCAAUCCAAGGUCUGGGAGGAGCUGAUGGGCAUCUUGGAGGACAUCCAGCCCGGGAUCCAAAAGUUGGUUUGA